AAGAACUUCCUCCUGAAGGUCAGAAGAGGGGAGAGCUCUUUCUCCUCUUGACCCAGCCCAGAACAUCACUCUCAGAACAGCCCAGGGACAGAAAAAGAAGAAGCAGGAACAAGAAUGGCAGAAAAUGUCCUUUAUGCUGACUUGAACUUGCCUGAAUCAAUCACACCCAGAAUCCUGACAGUCACUGAUGUCCAAGGUUCAGAUUGUACCUAUGCAGAAGUGAAAGUGAAAUCCCAAGACACAAAUGCUGCAGCAAACUGCAAAUCAUCUGGUAAAAGCUGUUGUUCCAGAAAACAUGCUGCUAUAUUGGUGGUGAUCAUCCCUGUACUGGUCCUGGCCAUAUAUUUAAUAAUCACAUAUUGCCCCUCACAAUGGAAAAAACAUGGGAGAAAAUGCUACUUCUUCUCUCCAGAGAAGAUAGAGAAGAACUGGAAUGACUCCCGUAGAGAAUGCUUUAACAGGGGCUCAGAUCUGGUGAUCAUUGACAGCGAGGAGGAGCUGAGCUACCUUCGCUCAGAAUCAAAUUCUAGCUACUACUUACUUGGUCUCACAUUCUCUCAAAAUGAGCAGAAGUGGAAGUGGAUCAACGACAUGGAAUAUGACCCAGCCAUGUUCAAUAUAAAGAGACAAUACAGUGACUAUCACUGUGCGGUCAUUGGACCUCGUAAAGUAGAAGAUGCAUCUUGUGGUGGAAGCUCAACAACACAAAAUAUGUGUGAAAAAGCUGCAACAAUGUUAAAAAGGCAUCAGAAGGAGAGCUAAAACCAAGCAGGAACGUCACCCCAGCUUCCUAUAGGAAAUGUGGAUGGGAUGUAUCUCAUUUAUCUUUAACUGCCCAAUCUCUGCUCCCAGGGACUCCUGCAGCCUCUCUCCAGACUCGUGUCUAAGCUCAGCCCACCCUUUCCCGAUGGUGUCUGAGCCUGGAUGGAUCCCCUCUGCAAGAGCUGGCACUGGCACACAGAGCCUGGGACUGUCCUAUGCCAGAGGUGGCACUUCCAGGCAGGCACUGCCAGGGGAGAGGUGUCCAGGCUGGGGACAGGGGUGACCCCAAACAGAUCCUGACUCUGCAAGUCACAUCCAUCCACAGCCCUGUGUUCCCAGCCCUGCCUGGGCACGAGGAGACCCUUUCCCACCUGGCCACAGCCUGGCCUUGCCUGCAGCCACAAGGGAAGGGCAGCACAGAUUUCUGGUUGGGAUCCAGUGGGGAAGGGCAAUCCCACUCCUUGCCAGGAUGGACAGGACAAACUGAGGCUGUGGAUAAACCUUCCCCUGUCCCAGACUGUUCCAAGCACAUACACGAUCCCUGAGCCUGCGAGGGGAAAUGGGAAUCAGCCCAAGGGAAAGGAUCCUACAGCAGCACAGCUCUGGACAUAAAAUCAGCUGCAGUCCUGUGUGGGGAAGGGAAGGGCACAGGAUGGAGACCAGCAGAGACCAGCAAGGCCUGAAAAACAGUCCCAACAGAAGCUGAGCUGGACAGAAAACAGAACAAUGAAACCCACAGUGACCUGUGAAGGAGCUGGUGAGAGCAACCUGCAGGGAAUGGCAACAACAUGCUCUGCCCUCUUUUCCUUGAGAUCAAUCACAGGAGGAAAUGAUGCCUGAGGGCUUUUCCUGCUCAGAAAAGUUCAAGCCAACAGCAGAAACAGCUGGCACCUGGAAAACAGAGCUGUGAUCAGGAAACAGGGAAUGUCACCAAAACUCUGCCCAAUUGCUUCAGUGGCUCUUGAGACCCUGGGCCUUGUGUGACUCCAAGAAUUAUCCUUCUUGCUGUGUCCUUUCAGGCAGAAUCAUUCCUCCUUUAUUGGUGCCUUUCAUGGCUCUCUCCUUCAGCUGCAGGAUGGAGAAGGCUCUGUGAAGUCCAUGAAGAAGUGGCACUGAUGGCUUCGUUUACCACUGGGGAAAAAAAUCAAUAUUUUUGCUCAAUCAAGAAAUCUAUACACAGCAUGUUGUGGUCAUUGGAAGGGAAAAUGGAAUCCUACAGGAAAAACUGUCUUGUUCUGACUUGAAAGCACACUUUGACGUCCCUCACACCAGCCAUCCUCCUCACUGACUGCUCGCAUCAACAUGCUUUGGAAAUGUAUGUGCAGUUCUUUCCCUGACUUUCAAUCCCCAAAAAACAGUGUAAGAACAUGGAGCUGUAGCAGAACAGUCUGAGUGUCAGACCCCAGGAUCUGCACUCUUAUUCCAGAAGGAAUCUGAGCUGGAGGGACUCUUUGCUUGCACUCAUAUUAUUGGAGAGGGUAGGAGAGAAUGCUGUGUUGUCUUAUAGAUUUCUGCCCUUCUAUUUUCAUAUUCUAGCUGCUGGAAUGUGCCCCCUUGGAUCAGGUGCUCUCCUGAAGGCAGGCCAGGGAAAAGCCUCUGGCCCUCGGUUGGAGCCUUCAGCAGGCAGCAGAGGCAGCAGCUGUGCACCAGAGGGGUGGGAAGGGGAAACCGUCCUGGGGCCACUGUGGGACUGCACAGACUCCAUCAAACCCAGAAAGACACAGGAAGCCUCUGGACUCAGAAGCAACUUAUGGCUCAAGGAAAUCCUACCAAAGGCAGAAGUUUGAUUGAAAGUGCUUUGUUUCCUCUGCCUCUGUGUUGUUCUUGUUCACAGUUCUCUGAUCUUGUGAUCUGUUUUACAAUAAACUUUCCCUUUACAGCUCGUGAUUCCUGGAUUACCUCUGGCAUCCCUACUGCAAGGGAAGGGUGAAGCAUUUCCUCCUUACUCUGGUUUGGUCAGGAUCUAAUCCUGAUGCCGAGGCCAGGCAAUCCCUAAGCAAUCCCUACCUGAUCUCUCACUGCUUCUGUGCCCAGUGCCUCAGAGAAUGUCAGGCUGGUUUAAUUCUUGCUGCAGCUGGGCAAUGGAUGACACUCCCUGGGACAGGCCAGGCUGGCAGCACCAGCCCCACAGGGGCACAUCCUAGACACAGGACUGGCUCCAUUAAUGACCUUUAUUGAGGAGAACCUGUGAUGUGGAUACCUCCAAGAGCUGAUCCUCAGGGCUCAUCUUAUUUCCAUGGACCUGUACCCCAACUGUAUCUCAAACCAGCUGUGGUAUUCGGGAUACACUUGGUGGAAAACAUGCUAUGAGUAUCUUGGCAAAAAUCACUGCCAAGGGAUUUUUGAUUUUAUUGUAGGAGAAAACAGUGAAUGAAGGCAAGAAGAAACCACCCCAAACCAUUAAAAAGCUCAGGAACUGUUGCAUAGAAGUAACCAAGCAGAGCAAGACAUGAAUAGACAUUUCAGAGAAGAGUGAUACUUUAUGCAAACAAAAGAAGUUCACGCAGUAUUGCACAUGCAAACAAUUUUAUCUGGUUCUAAAUGACAAAUUUACCAAUGCAAGAAAAGGACCUCACUGCCAAAUGGGCAGUUCAGGGAGGAUGCACUGCCAAUGCAGAUUUGCUGUCAGAACAGCAAACAGGGUUCAGGACACAACAAAGAACACCCUGGAGGUAGCACUGACAGUGUUACACAGCUCACAGCAAUCAUUGGCAGAUUGGGUUCCUUUUUAGCACACACUGGACUUUCUGGAAUCAUUUUGGAUUUGUGGCUGAAAAGGCUUCAAACAGUGAAUGAUGUUUCAAGGUGCCAAGUGUGAUGUUUGCUCUGUGGAAUUGUCUGGAGGCUUCCUGGCCAAACUGACCAGGGAAAGUGAAGUUUCCUGCCCUGGUAGAGAAGGAUGCUUAUUUUGGAUAAACCACUGCUGAAUUCCUCACCAGCCUCAGACAGAGCCCACAUGAUGACUUGGAGAGGGCUAUGUUCUUCAGGCUGUUUGAACACACAGCACAGCCUGGAUCUGUUGUAAGUACAGCAGUUAUGGUGCAAAACCACCAGAUGAAAUGGAUGAUAUGUAUGGCCCUGUCUGCCAAACAAUGGUGAAAUUUCUAUUGCACCUUCAUCCCCACGGCUGGCAAGCCAGCAUCAGCAGGCUUUAUGCUCUUCUAGGUAAAGCAAGUCACUGGCCAGGUUUUCCAGAGAGGUUUAAGUAAUCAGUGCUUAAAUACUUGAUUUUACUCUCCUCCUCCAUACAAAAGAA